AUGGUUGGUAGAGUAGGAAAACAAUGUCGCAAGCAAUGGAAUAAUCAUCCGCGUCCUCAUAUUAAGAAAGACGUUUGGACUGAAGAUGAAGAGAGAUGGUUAAUUCAAGCACAUGAAAGACUUGGAAAUCAACGAGCAGCGAUAGCUAAGUACAUUCCUGGAAGAACUGAAAAUUCAACAAAGAAUCACUGGAAUGCGACAAAAAGGAGUAAUGGUUUCGCCUCCACUAACUCAGAUUUUGGCACCACCACCACUGCAGCAAAUCCGUCGAACGCCGGUACACCACUCUCUGAUGAUGAAGACUCUACACCAUUUUUCGUUGAAGGGACAUCUGAGAAUACUUAUAGCUUCAACGUUGAUGAAAAUUAUAAUCAUCCCACCAUUUUCUUCACUUCCACGGAGAUUUUACAGACAACUGAUUCUCAAUUGCCUGCUGUAGAAUAUUGUCGCGAGCGAUGGAAUAAUCAUCUGCUUGCUCAUAUCAAGGACGCUUGUACUGAAGAUGAAGAGAGACGGUUAAUUCAAGCACAUGAAAGACUUGGAAAUCGAUGGGUGGAGAUAGCUAAGUACAUUCCUGGAAGAACUAAAAAUUCAAUAAAGAAUCACUGGAUUGCCACAAAAAGGAGGCAGAUUUCAAGGAGAAAGAGAAAGAAAGUAAAAGGAGAUAGAAGACAGUCAACACUAUUACAAGAUUACAUCAUAAAAAAGUAUUUCGGUAAUGGUUCCACCUCUACUAACUCUAAUUUCGGCGCCACCACCACUGCAGCAAAUCUGUCCAAUGCUGGCACACCACUCUCUGAUGAUUAUGACUCUACACCCUUUUUCGGUUUUGAAUCAUGCAAUGACGAAAUGGAUUUCAUGAAAACCCUAUUUGAAAACAAUCAGUCCAUCGUUUCAAUUCCAGUCGAUCAUCGUUGA